UCCCGCCAUGGCGGCGGCAGGCGAGGCCCCGCGCCCCGAGGAGCUGCUCUACGGGGAGCAGGAGCUCGUUCCCGAGGCCGCGGGCUGGGGGCACGAACCGGGCUCCAUGCUCUCCCGCUUCGACCAGGCGCUGCUGGCCGGCUGGAGCGACCGGAUGGAGCGGGGCCUGUUCCGGUACCGGUUGGGCGCGCUGCCCACCCGCCUGCUGCCCGGCCCCAUGGGGCUGGUGGCCCAGCUGAACGCCCAGCGCGGCACCCAGCGCCGCCCGCCGCAGCCGGUCUGCAGCCUCCGCCAGCCCUUCAACCCUCAGGACUUCAACUUCACCCGCAUCCACCCCGACGAGGUGCUGUUCUGCCUGCGCCGGGCCGGGGAUGGCUGCCAUGCGGCCCCCGACCCGCUGCUGGUGGCCAUCAACGCCAGCCCGCUGGAGCGGGGACACGUCCUGCUGCUGCCGGAGCCGGCGCGGGGGCUGCCGCAGGCUCUCACCGCUGCGGGGCUGCGCGGGGCGCUGGAGGCCCUGCUGCUCAGCACCCACCCUGGCUUCCGUGUGGGCUUCAACGGGCUGGGGGGCUACGCCUCUGUCAACCACCUGCACUUCCACGGCCUCUACCUGCCCCGGCCGCUGCUGGUGGAGUCGGUGCCCGCCCAGCCCCUGUGCCCGCCGCACUGCUUCAGCCUCCUGCGCGACGUCCCGGCACCCGCCUUCCUCUUCUACGCCGCCGGCCCCGCCGAGCUGGAGGCGCUGGCCCGGGACAUGUGCCGGGCGGCAGAGCACGUGGCCGAGGCUGGCCUGGCUUGCAACCUCUUCGCCACACGGGGGGACCCGCCGGCGGGGCCCGGGGGCAGGCGGGGGCUGCGGGUGCUGCUGUGGGCACGGAGGCCCAGCUUCGGCGCCAAGGCGAGCACGGCCUUUAACGUGGCGCUCUGCGAGCUGGCCGGCUACCUGCCGCUCCCCUCGGAGCCGCUGUACCGGGAGAUGACGGAGGCCGAGGCGCUGCGCAACAUCUGCGAGCCGCUGCUGCCGGAGCCGGAGCUGCUGCGGCUGGGCCGGGCCCUGGCGCGGCUGCUGGUGCCCGAGGGCGCCGCUCCCGCCGCUGCCCGACAGGGGGCGCCGCGCGGCGCGGGGGCCGCGCAGCUGCUGCCCACGUGAGCGCCCCGGCCGCUCUGGCCCCGCCCCCCGGCCGCGUCGCCAUGGCAACGGCGUGGCCCCCGGCGGCGGGCGCGAUGGCGGCGGGCGGCGGCGCGGGGGUGGCGGUCCCGGGGACCCCCCCGGGGCCUCCCCCAGGCCAGCCCCCCGCCCCCGAGCCGCGGAAGAGGCGGAGGAAGCGCAGGUGGGCGGUGGGCCCUGGGCGGCCGAGCAGGCGUAGCCCCCGGCAGGGCCCGCAGCGCGGGGAGCGCGGCCGGGCCCUCUGCUCCUCAGCCCCAGCAGCUUCCCAGAGCCCCCGUGAACUAGACAAUAAACGCUCCUUUCCUCCAGUCGUCCCAGUAAUACCCAGCGUGAUGUGUCCCGGGCCGGGCCCACGCUCAGAGCCCCUCCCACCCCGUGCUGAGCCCGUGGUGGCUCCAGGUCAGAUUUGCCCGUUAGCUCCGUGACACGUUGUCUCCCACCUGCCCUGGACAGUCCCGGCCGCCCACUGAGCGGCUGUUCUGUGGUCUCUCUCAAUUCCAGUGCCCCUUCCAUCAACCUGACCACCUGCAAGUACGAGAGCGGUAAGUCCGGGGCGCUGCAGGGUGUCCCUUCCCCCGCCCGCAGCCGGGGAGGAGUGCCGGUACCAAUCCCCCCUGCACGGCCCCUUUCCUCUCCUCCUCUUACAAACUUAUAGGUUGGGAGUGACGGGGACCCUGUGAAAAGUAGGGGGUUUGUCACCCUUGUCGCUGAGGUCCCCUCUGGUUUAACGGGGCAGUGGGUGCACUACAGCAGCGCCAGCCCUUGCCCCCCUGAGCCUGCAUUGCCCGUGCACCUAAAACAGGGGAGAAGGGGUUAGUUAGGGGUGGUGGCAGCACACAGGUACCUGUGCUUGGGAGGCUGAGGCGAGGGCUUGCAGCUGCUCAACAGGCAGGAUCAUUCCUGGAACCUCUCCCUGUGCUGUCUGUCUCCAGUGAGAUACUCCAGGGAGCUGAUCCCCUCUCCUGUUCUGCUCCUCUUUGCUGCCACAAGCUGGAUCUUAACAGACUCCUGGCACUUGGUGGAUGUUAUUAGCCAACAUGCUAAAGACUAUUCUAGCAGUGCAGCCGUGUUGAAGGUCCCGGCCUGGUUGGCUGAGCAAGGAAUGCAGAUUUUACCCAGAGGGACAGGCACUGUGUGUUUCCUGCUCGGGGGUUUGGUGCCGGGGGCAGAUGGGAAUCCUGCCAGGAGCUGGCAUGGCACCACAGGAACCACUUCACAGCAGCUCCUCCUGUGCAUGGGCCUCCAUCCCCUCCCCAGCCCAAAUUCAGAGCUGGCACUAAUGAGCCAUCCCAGCAGCAACCUCCUGCUCCCGUUCUUGCUUAUGUGUGUUCUGCUGCCAAAUGACUUUUGAUUCCGAAGAUGACACUUGUACCUUCAGAAGAUUUGAAUCUGCCUGUGUGGGGUCUGACCCAUGGGGGAUUCCAGCCUGCUGAAGCUCAGGGGGGUGCUCUGGCACCCCAAGGUGUGUGAAGUUGUGGGGCUGGUAGCUCCCAGUACACCUGAGGCUAGUUUAACCAGGUAGAGCUUCUGUUUCUGACACCUCCUGAAGGUCCCUCCAACACCACGUGUCUCUGGGAGGCAAACUGCAGCCUGGGGAGCUUUGUCCCGCCCUCUGUCCCUGCUCCC